CACAAAGACAGUGACAUUUGAUAGUUCAGUGAUGUGGAUUCUGUGGCUGUACUAUUGGAAAAGGUCAACAUUCGGGAGAGUCAUCUAGAAAGGAAGAACAGACACCCAUUCCACGAUAUUUGCCUUAACAUUACACAUUUAUACACUACUGGAAAUAUGUUUGAAUGUGUUUUCCAAAUCUUUUACCAUGAAUAACGUUAACUGAAGUCAGACAGAUCUGUACUGUGUGGUUUUCAAGUGUUUUUUUUUUAAGUACAAACUUUGCCACGAUGACAACAAGCAUAUUCAAACUAUCAUCAUUACGUUCUUUUCUACCAGUAUUGGUUGGCAUGUGUAUGGGCAUAGCACUUAACAUGAUGAUUGCUCCAUUUUUUGAUGAAAUGUGUGACCCGUCCAAAGCAGCAAAUCCACAGAAUGUCAUAGAGCUCCACCAGAGAAAUAACAAUGUCCGCAUCAAGAAAGAAACCGUUGAUAAUCCUAAAAAAUCUGAAUCGUCAUUUAAGAUUGACCCAACUGUGCAGCAAGCGUUCAACAUGCCUGGUAAUGGAAAUCCAAAAAAGUUUGUUCGACCCCGAUUUGCUUCAACAGAGCUGGGAAUUAAGGAGAAGCUGUUUGUUGCUGUGUUGACAUCUCCAAAUACAAUCAACUCAUUUGGUUUAGCUGUGAAUAAGACAUUGUCUCAUUAUGUUACAAAAACAAUUUUUUUCACAGCUACAAAAACUGGAAUGCCUCCCCCUGGUAUGCCUAUAGUUGGCUUUAUGCAGCAACAUGCCACAUUUUUACCAAUCCAUGUGCUGAAAUAUAUCAGAGACCAUUAUGCCAAUAGUUUUGAUUAUUACAUGUUCAUUACGGACAGAACUUAUGUACGAGCAGAGAAAAUCUUUGAACUUGUUAGUCACAUCAGUGUUAGCCAAGACAUUUAUUUAGGACCAGCAGAAAUUGAUGAUAAUGGUCAGAAACACUGUUCCAUAGAAGGUGGACUGAUUAUUUCACAGUCUGUCAUUGAGAAAACAUUUACACAGCUGGACUGGUGUAUGAUGAACAACCAUGUUUCCAGUGCCAGUAUCACCCUGGGGCGAUGUAUCCACCACACUACUGCCAUGCAAUGUACAGACCAUGGAGGGGACAAGCCUUACAAAUAUUACCAUGUGGUGGAUUUUGACUUCGAUGAUGACAUACCUAUUUUGAGAAAUGAUGCUCGCUUCAACACUUCACUGUCUGUCUACCCUAUGUCAGAUGAUAUCUCACAUUACAAGGUUCACAGAUAUUUUUGUCAGCUUGAGUUGAACCUGACAAAACAGGAGAUAGUGAAGGCUAAGGAGAACAUGGUAUACCUGAGCCAGUUUGGUCCUGGAGGACGAGAUUCACUUACUUGGCCUCUCGGAGUUUCAGAAGCUAUUCAGCCCAAGAGUCGUUUUGAUAUUCUGCGAUGGUCCUACUUCACAGACAAAGAUAUCUACUUUGAUGAUGACUUCACCAAUGUCAAGAAACUGAUAGGAGCUGACAAGGCGGAUGUGGCCGAGAUUACUCAGACUGCAUUUGACAAGUUGAACAAGGAGAAUGGACACAAAUAUAGGUCGUACUCGCUCAUAAAUGGCUAUAGAAAGUUUGAACCGGCUCGCGGCCUUGAAUACACAGUAGACUUAGAAGUACAAACGAACAAUAGAGGAGAGAAGGAAAUCAAACGUGUACACCUGCUGCGGCCGCUCAACAAGGUAGAACUUGUACCUAUGCCUUAUGUGACAGAAAACACUAAAGUUAAUCUCAUAGUGCCAGUCUUCUACGAGGAUCAAAAUGACUUUGCCAUUUUUAUGGACAGUUUCUCCAAAGCCGUCCUUGACAAUAGUGAUAACACUAUGCUGUAUAUUCUGCUUGUUUACAAACCUGCUGAUGUGACAAGUGGACAUGACACAUUUGCUGUUGUCAAGACAACAAUAUUAUUAUGUAACAAACAGACUGAACAGGAAGCCAGGAUCAGAUGGUCAGCCAUGGAAACCAAUUCAACUUUUAUCUCCGAGUUUGAAAUUAUAGAUAGAGUUGUCCGAGACUUCCCCUCGACUGCAUUACUUGCCAUUGGGGCUGUAGGCAUGGAGCUAGAGCAAGAUUACCUAAAUCGAGUGCGUAUGAAUACAAUACAUGGCUGGCAGGUAUUCUUCCCCAUUUCUUACUGGCAGUACAAACAGAAUCUAGCAUAUGAACAAGAGCCUUACCCAAACAGCGUGGAGUUCGGUCAGAAAUAUGGGCAUUUUGAUGUGAAUUCUUACGAGCAUAGUUCAUUUUAUGUGUCAGACUAUUUAGCAGAAAGGAAGUUUCUUUCUCCAAAGGAAGUUAAGCAAAGUCAGCUUUUAGAUAUGUUUCUGAAAAACCCAAGAAUCCAUGUUUUUAGAGCAACAGACCCAGCUCUGAGGAAUCGAUGGAAAAAUAUAACCUGUCCUACCCAUCUCCAUGGUGAUCGGUACUUCAAGUGUCUGCAACGGAGGUCUGAGGGACUGGCCAGUCGUGCCCAACUUGCUAGGUUGAUAUUCGAACAACAAGAAAAAGAAGCAGGUGUUUCUGGAACAGCUGCAUCACAGCUUCCCAUAAAUUAAAUUUGAUGAAGUAUGAAUUGUACACAAAUAUUAAACUGAUGCAGUUUGGAUUGUAUUGAUUUAGUGUGAUUGUCUGUGGAACUGAUAUUAAGUGGAAUUAUCACAGAGAUUAACAUGGAUUGGAUGUUUCACUUAAGGGUAUAUGCUACCUUACUGUAAUGUGGAUUAGAUGUUUCACUUAAGGAUAAAUAUGCUACCUUAUACUGUACAAGUGUGUCAUAAGUAUGCAUGCAUGUCCUUUCCAGUAAUGUUCUCAAUAUGAAAUGGAUAUUGUUAAAAUAAUAUUAAAACAUUGCCAUUCACUUUUAAUAGGCAUACUGAUACUGGAAUUGAGCUUAUUCUGCUAAUAUUAUCAUGUGUAAACCCAUAGACUUGAUGAAGCACCUCAAGUUUUCGACAUAUGACUGAUAGUGUAAGAUAGCAGUGUAAGAUAGCAUAUAUUCUUAAAUUUGAAAUUUUGGAAAUGGUAGGGUUGCAGUGAAGACACUGGCAACAUGGUUGUUAUGUUAUUGACAAACUGAAGCAUAUAUUGUCAGAUAUUGACAUACAAUGUAUUUUGUAAGGACACUCAAAUAUUUUUUAUAUCGACCUGCUGAUUUUUUAUGCAAUUUAUGUUAUUGUUAUUUUUAUAAAUGCUGUGCCAGUUUAUAUUUUGCCUUUUCUUAAUAUCCAAAAAUAAUUUUCUUGACAACACUUCAGAAUUGAAUAUUAAUAGACAUUUGAGAGAAAUAGCAGAUGUUUUUCAAGCUGAAAUUGAUAUUGAUAAUUAAAAUGUAGAUAUAUGUUUACAUCCUGAAUUAUACGUGUCCUGCCAAAACAUUCCUGUUUUUUUAACAUAUUAAAAUUAUACUUGUAUCUAUGCAGUAUCCUUAUAUCAUUGAUAAAUUAUCUUUUGCAUAUUAUUGUAAAUGAUUCAGAAUAUAUUUGAAAAAAGGUGUAUGGCACUCAUUAAUCAAAUGACAGGGUAAUAUAAAGCCAUUUCAAAGUCCAAGGGUUGCAUUCUCAAUUAGUUACCUUAAGCUUCUGCAAAGAUAAUCAGUAAAUGCAACUCUUGGAAAUUUAUUACUAAUUAAUUUUGAUAUUGUGUAUGUGGUGGGUAAUAUCAAAAUGAUGUCUGCGACAAAUCCCAUAAAUGAUUAAAUCUGGAAUAUUUGUUUGUGAUAAGAGAGUUUCAGGAACGGAGAGGAAUUAAUCUCAUAUGUUAUAACUUGUCUGCAUAAAAAUUCACAAUGAUAUUAAUCAUGAGUAAAUAAUUUCUUCAUGAUGAGAAAACAUCAGAAAUAAUAUAUCUUAAACCAGCUAUAUAGUAAUGAAGUGAAAUUGAGCCAUAUGAUCUUUGUUGCUGUUAGAAAGAGUAUUAAAUAAAGUCUGCUAUAUAAAUCUCGACCUUUUUAGGGAAAAAAAUUCAAUGACUUUCUUAUUGUUUAUUCCACACAUUUUUUAUUGCACUUGUGCCAAAUACAUGUCUGUAUGCUUUUUGUUUUGUAUACAAUAUUAAUGUAUUAACAAAAUUAUGAUCAAAUGAAAUAGGUACCUUUUUUCUUGUCAUAAACAGUUGAAAGAUUAGAAAAUCAAGAUUUUUGUGACAAGAAUUUUCAAAGAUUGAUUUUUUGUAAUGAAUACCUUUUUUUUGUGAUCCCACCGCCAAUCUUCAUGUGUAAAGGAAUUGUUUCAAGAGUUGUUCUGGUAUGUCUUAUAUUAUAUAUUUAUGCUAAAUGGAAGUUAAUCUGUGGUAGUUCCAAAAAAGUCAUAAACAAUGAAAUAUCGAAAUAUGAGUCAAAGAAAGUGCCAACACUGGUCUGAAUCUUGUGGAGUCUUCUGGCAGAUGGCUUGGAUAUGUAUAGAAGUAAAGGAGAAGUCAUGCCCCGAUCAAUGGGUCAUCACAAAGCUAGCAUGGUGUUGUAGAAUAGGUAGUAAACAUUCAAGGUCACAGGGGUCAAAUAUGCUAAAAUCUUUUAACGACUUCUUCAUGAUAACCAAAAGGCCCAAUAUUAGGUCUGUAGCAUGCUGAGGCGAAGGGGUACCAAGUUUGUUCAAAUGGACGACCUUGACCUUCAUUCAAGGUCACAAAGGCCAAAUAUGCUAAAAUAUAUCAAAACUCAGUUGACUGAUAAGGUCCAUGGGCCUCUUGUUAUCUACAGAUUGAUCAUUGAUUGAUUGAUUGAUGGGGUUUGAUGUCCUUUUCUUGUUAUAUAGAACCAGUCCUAUAGGACACAGGUUUUACUAGAUAAGGGUUUAAAACAACUCUACUCCACCACUCUAGUCUGGCUUGCUGAGACCUGCUGUCUUCUCGCUGCAUGUUGUGACAUGCAAAUAAUGUAUUGAAAAAAAAAAGAAAACGAACAAUUACAAAAUUACUUCUAUUAAAACCCUAUGUACAAGUACAAUGUACUUGUUGACCAUAUUUACAUAUGACUCUUCGAUUUCCCUGUAGUAGAACACAAGAGUGGAUGAAUGGCGCAGUGAUAACACCUUUGCCUUUCACUCAGGUGACCAGAGUUGCCUGAAUGAAUUUUAAAAGGUUUCUGGCCAUGUAGGGUGUCCCCGGGUUCUCUAGUUUCCUUCUACAGCUGUUUGCCAAUUCAUUUCAGACUUAAAAGUCCUGAUCAAUCGCUUGACACAUGUUUUUCUUUUGAAAAUUACAAAUCAACACCUGUCUGUUUUAUGUUAAUGCAGCCUUAUAAUCCUUUCUAUCUUUAUUUAAGAUAUCACCAGUAACAGAGAUCUAUAUAAUAAUAUACAUCUCUCUAGGAUUAAAUCAUUUCCUCAUACAUUGUAGUUGAAGAUUGGUCACCUCAUACUAUCAUAAUUUGGUAUCACAAACUCUGAUAAUUCGAAGACCCUGCUUAACUCGAGAUAAUACUUAAGUUCUGACAGUAGGCAUUUUAUAUAAAAUAUAAAGUGUACUCCUUAACUUUGAAUGUACUUGAUAUCUCAAAAUUUUUCCAUAACCCCACGGACUCUGAGAUAACAAAAUACGACUGUAUUUCAUUCGCAAGGUGACACAUGCUGAUUCAAUUUUGUCAUGACACACUAAGUGUGUAGUGAAGAAAUGUAUGUGUCCAAAGGGUUGAACCCUUUGAUUUAGAAGGUAUGAUAAAAUCAAACUUGCUUGAUGAAGGCUGUAUACCUACCCUCUUUAGUGGGGGAUAUCUUAAAGUCAGAUUGUUAAACAAUCACAGUCCCUGAAUCUCCCAAAUUUACCUAGAGCUGGUGUAAAGUCCUAAACAUCAUACUGCACAAGUAGGGCACAUUUUAUAUUGAAGUUCUUAAGACAGAAAGCAGAUCUGAUUAUACAGAUAUUUAGUUUUACAUUAAAUCCAUUAGCAUUAAUUGAUAUAAUUUUGUUAUAUGUCAAACAUCUUAAUAAUGUAAAAUUAACUGAACCGUCUUUACCUUUCAUGUAAUGGAGGGUAAGUGGAAUUUUUAAUGAGGCCUUCCUGGUGUACAAAUAAGCACAUUGUCAUGUUUGAUAGACAUUGUAGUCCAUCAAGGAAAGACCAGUAUUGUUCCCCGAAAAUCAGUGCGAUUUUUACUUUAGUAUCAAUAAAGUUUCUGUAUAUAGAAACUUUUAAGUUUUUAGAUUGCUUUUAACGAUAUGUUAAUAUUCAAUAAAGCUUUUAUAUAUAUAA